AUGGACACACUGCUGGCGUCGAAGAAGACUCAGGGGGAGUGCGCGGAGGAGGGCGCGAACUCUGCGGCGACAGGCAGCACCGUGUCGGCGGGCAUCUACGGGUCAGAGAACGAACAGACGAGCUACGAAUACCGGGAGCCGGCGUGGUGGCGCAAGGCGCUGUACGACCUGUUCCUGUGGAUCUUUAUCAGAGUGUUCGACGGGUUUUUCCGGGAGGUCAGGACACGCAACGGGUACCGGGUGCCGCGGCAUGGACCAAUCAUCUUCGUGGCGGCGCCGCAUGCGAACCAGUUCGUGGACCCGGUGGUGCUGAUGGGGCAGGUGAAGCAGACGGUGGGGCGGCGGGUGUCGUUCCUGGUGGCGGCGAAGUCGCUGACGCGGCGGGCGGUCGGAACGUUUGCGCGGUGUGCGAUGUCGAUCGGCGUGAUGCGGGCGCAGGACAACCUGCAGUCGGCGCCGGGGCGGAUUCGCGUGGACCCCAGCAAUCCGCGGCGGCUGCUGGGCGAGGGCACGCGCUUCACAGCGUUCCAGGAGAAGGGGCUGAUAGGGCUCCCGAAGUCGCUGGGGAACGUCGACAUCGAGUCGAUCCAGUCGGACACGGAGCUGACACUGCGCAAGGAGUUCAAGAUGCAGAAGCCCGAGGUCCGGAGCCUGCUGGAGCACGGCACUUCCUUUAAGUACGCGGCGAAGGUGGACCAGUCACAGGUGUACCACCGGGUGUUCGAGCAUCUGGCACACAACCAGUGCAUCGGUAUUUUCCCGGAGGGCGGCUCGCAUGACCGGACGGACCUACUGCCACUCAAGGCGGGCGUCGCCAUCAUGGCACUCGGCUGCAUGCACAUACACCCCGACGUGAACGUGAAGAUCGUGCCCUGUGGCCUGAACUACUUCCACCCGCACAAGUUCAGGUCACGGGCGGUGGUCGAGUUUGGAACCCCCAUUGAGAUACCUCCGCAUCUAGUCGCGAAGUAUGGCAACCCCACCACGAACAAGGAGGCCGUCAAGGAACUGCUGGACACCAUCACCGAGGGCCUGAAAGCGGUUACGCUGACCUGCUCGGACUACGAGACGCUGAUGGUCAUACAGGCGACGAGAAGGUUGUAUGCGGGGCACCUUUCGUCCAAGCUUCCACUGCCCCUUGUUGUAGAGAUGAACAGACGUUUGCUAAAGGGGUACGAGGCGUUCAAGGACGACCCCCGCAUCAAGCGGCUCAAGGAAGAUAUCAUGGUGUACAACGACCAUCUGCGCCAGUACAACAUACCGGACCAUCAGGUAGAAACUGCAAGGUUGAACCUGUCGCGUAAUAUUGGAUUACUGAUCUCGCGAUCUCUGCGUCUGCUUUUCAUCGGUAUGCUUGCGCUACCGGGUGUCGUCAUGUUUUCCCCGGUCUUUAUCUUGGCGAAGCAUAUCUCUAAAAAGAAAGCGCAGGAGGCACUGUCCGCCUCGACUGUAAAGAUUAAGGCGAAGGAUGUGGUAGCAACCUGGAAGAUACUGAUUAGCAUUGGAGUAGCGCCUGCACUAUACAUUUUUUGGUCGUUGCUCUUUGUCUGGUAUUUGCGUGACUCCUACACAAAGGACCGUUUCCUCGUUAGCUUUGUGGUUGCAUACUUGUGCUCGUGCAUUUUGACAUAUUCUGCAUUACUUGCUGGAGACAUUGGCAUGGAUAUCUUCAAGUCGCUGCGGCCUUUGUACUUAUCACUAACGACUCCCAAGGGACUGCAGUCGCUGCAGGAGGAGCGUUGCGUCUUGGCAGAACGUAUCACGGAGCUAGUGAACUUAUUGGGCCCACAGCUCUUCCCCGACUUUGACGCCGAAUUACUAAAGAAGAAGUAUUUCGCGACGUCGGUGUCUCUAGAGGAUGAGGAGGAUAGAAAGACACAGGAGCUCAAGAGGCGUAGGCUGCUACGGAAGAAGAAGGAGGCCGCCGCGAUGGUACCAAGUCCAAUCCAAGCCACAGACUCUGACGAGAUUACCGUGGCUGAUGACGAAAGUGACGCGGUCUCCAUGGUCAACAGCGAUAACUCCCUCUCGAACAUUCCCCUCUUUUCUAGCGUCCACAGAUCAGAGUCUGCGUCCAGUGUCAGCACAAUGUCUUCCACCUUUAAUUAUGACUUUGACGUAAAGCAGGGGAACAUCGGUGGCAAGAUAAUCGAUGCUGUCCGCCAGAACAGGAAAGAAGAAUGA